UCUGUUCUGCCCUCGCCCAUCCCAGUGUGGAGGAUGGGCGCGGUUUGGGGGCCACAUGCUCAUGGAGAGCAUCUGGAGAAGGCCGAGGGCCUGGAGGUGGUGCCCUGGGGAGGUGGAGAGGGACCAGGCAGGUGGAGGAGACAUCUCUGGCUCCAAGAAGCAGAAGCGGGUUCAGGGGAGUCUCCUCGGGGCCUGGGGGGCACAAAGGCACAAGCACCACGGCCCCUGCCCUCGAGGAGCUUACAUUUGGUCAGGCUCAGAGUGACGCUGCUCCCCCGAUGGUGGAGGGGGCUGCCUUCUGGCCUGAGCCCCUGGGGGAGUGAGCUCCCUCCAGGGUAGGGUCUCCCCUCAGAUGCUGCAAGUGACCACUGGCUGAGGGGACCAGAGGCUGAGGGUGCUGGGGCAGCCGUUCUCUGGGCACAGAAAGAGCAGAGGUUCGGCUCCACGAUGCUGUGAUUGUCCUUGGGAACCCUGGGAUUGAGGGGGAACAGUGGGAGUCCUGACUGGUGGCAGCUGCCGGCUCCUUCCGGACGUGGCCCAAGUAUCGCUAGGUUCUGCCUCUCUGGGUUUGUGGGGAAGGGUCCUGGGGCUUUCUGAAAGCCCUGUGCAGUGCGGUCUGGGGCCUGUUCCACUGAGGCACUAGACAAAUGGCGGGGGGCUGGCAACCUUCCGCCGGGAUGGGGAACUCGAGGGAACAUUUGUUCGGUUCUGUAGAGACCCAGAGAGCUGGAGCAUGUCGGUUCUGGACAGGGCUGGCUGGACAGCCUCGGGCCGCCUGGCAGCUACUGCUACCAGUGCCAGAGCCAGGUCCCCCCGCGCAGCGGGCACUGCCCGGCCUGCAGGGUCUGCGUCCUGCGCCGGGACCACCACUGCCUGCUGCUGGGGCGCUGCGUGGGCUUCAGCAACUACCGGCCCUUCCUGUGCCUGCUGCUCCACGGGGCCGGCCUGCUGCUGCACGUCACGGCCCUGCUGGGCCCGGCCCUGGGCCUCCUGCUGCGGGCGCACUCCCAGCUGCACGCCGUGACGCUGCUGCUGCUGCCGUGGCUCAUGCUGCUCACCGGUGGCGUGUCCCCGGCCCAGUUCGCCCUGGCCUUCAUAGCCGACACGUGCGUGGCGGGCGCCCUGCUCUGUGGGGCCGGGCUCCUCUUCCACGGGAUGCUGCUGCUGCGCGGCCAGACCACCCGCGAGUGGGCCCGCGGGCAGCGCCUCUACGACCUGGGCCCCCGGAGGAACAUGGAGGCCGCCCUGGGCUCCCGCUGGCUCCUGGUGUGGCUCUGGCCCUUCCUGUCCUCCCCGCUGCCCGGGGACGGCAUCACCUUCCAGACCGCCGACUGAGGAGCGUCGCCCGCGGGGAGCACGGACUGGGGGCCGAGGAGCGUCGCGGGCCGCUCCCCGCCUGCCUGAGCUCCCCAGGUUUGCGCCCCCACUCAGCAGGACUCUCCCCUCCCCCUUCCUGCCUGACCCUCAAGCCCCGCAUUCGGUCCUCCCUGGCACUGCCCCCAAGGCCGGGCCCAGGGCGGGCUGUUGGCCCCAGUCCCCACUACAAUAAAGCCUUGAAGUUACUCCUGCCGCUGCGUGGGGGCUGUCUUUGGGGGAGCGGAGGUUUUGUGCCUGGGCAGACCGUGGUGGGCACUUGAGGGCAUGGCCAGGAU